AUGGGUCCUCUUGGUUCUGGACUGGGAUUGGCUGGUGAAACUGUUGACUGGGACACUGUUGAUCGUCUCACUUUCAGUUUCGCUGAGAGGAAAAUGGAAUGUGUGUCAGCCCGACAAAAGAGUAAAUUCAAUACUCUGAACAACACCCAAGCCAUUAGACCUGCCCUAGACAUUUCCCGAGUGGUUGUAAACAAAUCUAACCGAGUCUUGACAACCGCUGAAACGUCAAUUUUGGCCAAAGGCGGCAACUUUGCUAUCAGCAUGAACUCCAUUCCGACGGAGGACAUUAUUGCCAACAUCGAAUCAAGCCUAAGACAACUACCGCAAGCAGAGGCUGAAGAAAUUCGGAGAGAAGCGUCCCGCAUCCUGCACAAAGCCAAGCCACCAAGAAGUAAUGUCAGCAAUGCAGAGAGAAAAGCCAUAAAAAGUCUCAAUGAAGACAAAUCGAUUGUUAUCUUACCGGCAGACAAAGGCAACGCUACGACUGUUCUCAACACCGAAGACUACCGAAGAAAGAUUAGGGAUCUGUUGGACCCUAUGAUCUACGUAAAACUCCGUCGUGACCCUACAUCCAGGAUCCUGAAGAAGACCAACUCACUAAUUAUGAAAUCAACACUACCUGAGAAAACAAAGGAGACAAUUUCAUCAUCUGAAGCGCUCAUUCCCAGAUUAUAUGGAUUGCCAAAAAUCCACAAAGAAGAGUUGCCGUUGAGACCUAUUGUCAGUGCCAUAAACUCUCCUACUCACCUCCUCUCUAAACAUCUUGCCAGUUUGCUGAAACCCCAUGUCGGGGCAACGGAAUCUUUUGUUAGAGAUUCGUCCCACUUCAUAGAGAAGCUCAAAACCUACAGUCUCCAGUCAACAGAUAUCUUGGUAAGCUUCGACGUCGUUUCUCUCUUUACGAGAGUUCCAAUCAAGGAAGCCAUGGAGAACGUACGGGAAAUAUUUUCACCAGAUAUCGCUGAUUUAUUCCAGCAUGUCUUAACGACCACGUAUUUCCAGUGGAACAAUGACACCUAUGAGCAGAUAGACGGUGUAGCCAUGGGGAGUCCAUUGAGCCCUGUAAUUGCCAACUUCUACAUGGAGAAAUUUGAAGAAGCUGCUCUCAGCACUGCGGAAAAACAACCAACUUGCUGGCUCAGAUACGUAGACGACACUUUCGUGAUAUGGAGCCAUGGAAAAAACGAACUUCACCGAUUCUUGACUCACAUAAACAGCCAACAUGAGAAUAUCCAAUUUACGAUGGAAACCGAAAACAACGGGAAGUUGCCUUUCCUGGAUGUCUUGGUCAGUCGCAGAGAUGACGGAUCCCUAGGCCAUCGUGUUUAUCGCAAACCUACACAUACUGAUCGCUAUCUACACAAGGACUUUAAUCACCAUCCUCGACAGAAGAGAGGUGUAAUGAAAACUUUAUUCGUGAGAGCCAACAGAAUCUGCGAACCGAGUGCUAUCGAGCAUGAAAUUUCCCACCUCACAAAUGUUUUCCAAGCCAACGGUUUUUCAAAGCAAGAGAUCAAAAGAGCCUUCCACCCCAAAAUAAAAAAACAGCCACUUAAAGAAGAUCCGAUCAAGUCCACAGCCUACCUCCCCUACGUUGAGGACGUCACUGAUAGAAUCGAAAGACUUCUGCGACGCCACAAUAUCAAGACUGUUUUCAAACCCACCCACCGAACCAGCGACUUAUUACGAUCUGUGAAAGAUGCAAGAGAUCCCUUGUCCGCCGCAGGUGUUUACAAGAUUCCCUGUUCCUGCGGAUCUACCUAUAUUGGAACUACUAAGAGAAGCUUAUGGGUUGCUAUGAAAUCUAAUAAUAAUUCACCUCUUGAUUCGUUAUGUGGAUACCCCCAAGAUCUUGAUCUAGCAUUAAAGUCACCUGAAAGAAUUAAAGGUGUUGGAGAAGUUGAAGUUAAGAAAUCAUCAAGUUCAAUCAAAAGUUCUUCAAGAGGUUCCAAAGGAGAGCAAUAG